GCGUCUAUAUUGCACAAGUCGUGUCUGACGAGUAUUGCCGCGGUAUGUACGUGGUAGGUACACAUUAUAAUAUUAGUACGGUUUUAGUUCCCGGACUAUUCGAGUGCUACCAUUAAAAAGCCAUCAACCGUUUUCUGUCCAUAAUAGUAUAGGCACCACUGCCUACCACCAUUCGUAUAUAGGCGUAGCAGUCAAGUGGCCUCAGUCGGGCGAAGAACUGUCUUACCGCUUCCCGAUUAAAAGGAAACCAAAAGACAAAUAUCAUGAGCGAAACGUCGCCCAGAGGAAAUGAAGGGGACACGAGAUCCGUUAUACAGGAAAACGUCACUCGGAUCGUGUACGUGAACAAACCGCACGCGGAAACAACGACAGCGGCGGUAUCGGCGAUCACCACGUCCUCCGCGCACUACGACCAAAGCUCGUCGGACUCGACCACUAUUUGCACUCUUAACAACGUGCUGCCGCCAAUGGGUUAUGACUACCAACACCAUCCACCGUUAGCCAGCCUCCAGAUCGGCGGAUCUGUGGUUCCACCGCCACCACCCGUGUACGGCACGUCUCCCGACGAACACCAGUAUUCACCCACAGUGGCGAGCGUCGGCAGCGGCACCAAUUGUUACAUGCAGACCGAGAUCAAAUCCAGCUCAAGAGUCCGGUCGUACGAAUCCGAAAGAGACUAUAAAAAAUCCGCUUGUGACAGAGAACGGACCAGAAUGCGAGACAUGAACAAGGCUUUCGAUCUUCUGAGAAACCGUUUGCCUAAGAGUAAACCUCCCGGAAAGAAACUCUCUAAAAUCGAGUCGUUGAGGAUGGCCAUACGGUACAUAAGACAUUUACAAGCGAUCUUGGAAUAUGGACCAGAGUACGAGACAAAACUGUACACUGUGCCGUCUUGUACUCAAUACUUACCUCCACCGACGUACUACGGUUACCAGCCACAGUAUGGUCAAUGUUGGAACGCUGCAACCGACUAUCCUCCAAACGUUAACAACCAAUAUUAGUUAACAAUCACAUUCCCAAGUUAUUUUUACCAUCUUACAUAUAAAUUAUUUGAACAUGGCCUAUAAAAUAAUAUUACAGAUAGGUACUACUAUAUAAUAAUAUAUAAUAUGUAUAUGAAUACCAACAUUUAUCGUACUAUGUAUAAUAAUAUUAUAUUCCCUACGAUUUGUUUUAAGUCAUUGAUUUUCUUCCUAUUUCUUAAUAAUUUUUUUUUACUUUAAUAUUUUUAGACUACCUAAUAAUAUAACUAUACUAAAAAUACUAAAUUAUCUAUUUAUCGAAAUUGAAAUUGUAUUAACUUAGUUAUUUAUUUAAACUUUUAAGUAGAUAUUAUAUUUGUUUCAAUAAAUAUGACGUAUUUUAAAGAAAAAAAAUGUUUUAUUAUUAAUUAAAUAUAUUUGUGGCCUAGCCUAAUUCUAAUAUAUGUAUAUAUGCAAUUUUUAACUGGGUGGUACUAAUUAUCAAAUUGACGGUUAUUCGGGUGAAACACUAUUGAGGACGCUUCGCGUUUUUCGCAACACAACUAUUGCGGAGUGCCACUAUGUGACAAAAGAUAUUGUUUUGUACCCAAAAAAUCACACGAUUUCAGACACAUUUUGAUGUAAUGUUGCCAAGUUAUACGACUAAUUCGUGUAUUGUUAAGUAUUCGAAUACUUGUGUUUAAAUACUUUGUUUAUAUUUUAAAUACUUUUCGAACAAUAUAUUUUUAAAAUACUUAAAAGUA